AUGACUGACGAAGAGAGAAAUGCUGCUGCAGCGCAAGAAACCACACAUGAUGUCCAGGAUAAUGUUGAUGCUAGUGUGUUGAAUGAAGAUGAUGAAGAUGAAUAUCCAAAAGAAGGAAAUCAAGUUGAUCAAGAACCUCAAGAAACCCCUGAAGAGACCAAUAUCGAGCAUGAAGACAGAGAAGGUGAAGAAGGUGAAGAAGAAAUACCGGAACAAGAUACAAAUGAAGUUGAUUAUCAAGAUUUAAGUAGUUUGAAAGCUCGUAAACGUUCAAAUGCUCCUCAAUCAGGAUCAAGAGAAACAAGUACAACUCCUGGUGGUCAAUCACAAUCACAAAAUCAAUUAGAUGAUUCAAGAAGUUUCCAAUAUAACGAUGAUUAUGAUGAAGAUCAACGUCCUGUUGAUUUUAGAGAAGUUGAUGCAGCAACUAAAAGACGUCAAGAAUUAGAAGCAAAAUUAGAUAGAGCUUUGAAAAAACCAAAAAUGAAAAGAAGAAAAGGUGAAGAAGAUUUAACAAAUGAUGAAGAUGAAUUGAUUCAAAUCUUGAAGAAUCAAAUGGAUGAAGCUGCUAAGAAAGAUGUUGAAUUGAAUGAAAAUAAUCAAGGUAUUGCAAUAAAUAAAAUUCAAUUAUUACCAAAAGUUACAGAUAUUUUAUCAAAAGCAAAUUUAGCUGAAGUUAUAUUGGAUAAUAAUCUUUUAGCUGAAGUUAGACAAUGGUUAGAACCUUUACCUGAUGCUUCAUUACCUUCAUAUGAAAUUCAGAAGACUUUAUUUGCUGCAUUAUUAAAAUUACCAAUUAGUACAAAUCAUUUAAGAGAAUCAGGUAUUGGUAAAGUUUUAUUAUUUUAUCAAAAAUCUAAAAGAGUUGAACCAAAAAUUAAAAGAGUUGCAGAUAAAUUAAUUUCAGAUUGGACAAGACCAAUUAUUGGUGCAUCAGAUAAUUAUCGUGAUAAACAAUUCCAUUCAAUUGAUUAUGAUGCUCAAAGACAUCGUAAAAAAUUAAAACAUAGUGCAGAUAAAGUUCAUAUUAAAGAAAGUGAAAAAUCUAUAUAUGAACAACAAGCUGCAAGAAGAGGUAGAGCAGCAGCACCAGUACCAACAGUUUCAGAUUAUAGAUAUGCACCAAAAUCAAGAUUGGAUCGUAGUGGAGCUCAAGCAAUUCAACAAGCUGGUGUUGGUACUACAUUAAAUAGAGAUGAUCAAUUCAAGAGAAUUAAUCAAAGAUUAACUGGUAGAAAAGGUAAAGUUGGUGGUAAGAAAAGUGGUGUUAGUAUUGAUAAAGAAAAACUAUGA